AUGGCUGCUGCUUCAGUUUCCGUUCAGGCGAUCGUCCUCCUGGCCGUGGCCGCUGUGGCGUCGGCGCAGCUGUCGGCGACGUUCUACGACUCGUCGUGCCCGAGGGCGCUGGGCACCAUCAGGAGCGCCGUGACGGCAGCGUUAGGAGGGCCGCCGUACACGGUGCUGUUGGGGAGGAGGGACUCCACCACGGCCAGCCUCUCGCAGGCCAACAGCGACCUCCCUCCUCCGGGCUCCAGCCUCGCCAGCCUCAUCAGCGGCUUCGCCAGGAAGGGGCUCACCACCACGGACAUGGUCGCGCUCUCAGGAGCUCACACGGUCGGGCAGGCGCAGUGCGCCAACUUCCGGAGCCGGCUCUACGGCGAGUCCAACCUCAACCAGUCCGACGCGGCGGCGCUCCGGGCCAACUGCCCGCAGUCAGGCGGCAACGGCAACCUUGCGCCCAUGGACCUGGAGACGCCCAACACGUUCGACGGCGCCUUCUUCCGCGGCCUGCUGUCGCAGCGCGGUGUGCUGCACUCCGACCAGCAGCUCUUCAGCGGCGGCUCCACCGACGCGCUGGUCCAGAGCUACGCGUCCAACGCGGCGCAGUUCAGAAAUGACUUCGCCGCGGCCAUGGUGCGCAUGGGCAGCGUCGGCGUGCUCACCGGCUCGCAGGGCCAGAUCAGGCUCAGUUGCUCCAGCGUGAACUGA